AGCUGAGCUAAAAAACUUGUUUGCUUUUUAAUGUUACCCAAACAAGUUUUGUCCAGUCACAUGGUGGACAGAAAUACACAGAGUUACACUUGGUGACUCAUUCCUGCACUGUCACCACCUCCUCUGGUGCAAGCAUUUGGAUACCGUAUGCUCUGAUCACACCUGAAUUACAGCCAUGGAUAACACAUCAUCUUGGAAAACACAGCAAAAUAUGGAGUUGUAAAGACAUCAAAAUCUUUUCUGUAGAAAGAAUCAGCACAGAGGGUUAGAGUCAAAAUUCUUCAAGUCAAGAAGUUUCCCUGUGCCAGCACUGCACCACUGGUGAGGCCAGAGCCCCUUGCUGCACACUCAGGCUGGCAAAUAACUGACAGGUCUAUGUGGAUCUCCAAAAGCAGAAUUCCUUGAGACUGAGUUCAGAAUGCCUGUUCUAACUGUUCUGGCCAGCUGUCUGUCUCAGCAAGUGAGCAGGGGAAAAGAUCAGCACUGAGCAAAAAGCCUUGGAAUCAUCAUUCAGACCUGUUCCAAGAGCAGAACCACUGCAAUUCCUGACCAUGGAGGGAGACUGGAGUCCAGCACAGCCACUCUUACAUAGGCUCUUAGACACUCACUGGUCCACUUGCAAAACAUCCCAGAGAGCUUUUCAGGCCCAUAAAGCAGAUAAAAAAGAAAACCCAUUUGCAAUUUUGGAAUGUACAAAAGAAUGGUGUUUCCUGGAAGUGACUGUGCUAUGUAUGAGCUUGAAUCAUGCCAAGUGCAGUUGUCACAGCCGGAUGUUUGCAGGCUUCCAGCACCUGGCAGCCCUGCCUGAAGGAGAAGGGCAGGGGGAAUUUGGUAUGCAAAUGACUUCUCUCUGGAAUCAGUCUGGAGGAUAUAAAUACUGACAGAACCAUAUCAAACAGUGUCCAAUUAUUCUCACCAAAGAACAAUGGAAUCCUAUUAUAUUCUGGUUUUAACAGCAGGAAUUUUAGUUGUUUUUGUAUUGCUGGUUUUAAUUGCACCUGAUAGUCAUUUCUUCAAGGGAGAGAUUCCUCCUGAUGUUGACCAGCCAGCAAAGCUCCGCUUUUAUCACCGUAUGUACACUCUGAUGGAAAUUCUGGCAAAGACCUUAAACCAGUUGGGUAUCGUGGAGGAGCUCACACUUAUCAGGCUGAUCACAGAUGGAGUCCCAGCGUGCCCGGAUUCCCAGCUCUUCAUUAAGGAUCUCCAUUUUGAUGGGGUGCCUGUAAGGAUUUACCUCCCAAGAGAACCAUCUGCAAGCAAACGGAGAGGAGUCAUCUUCUUCCACGGAGGAUGUGGCAUUUUCGCAAGCAUCAGAAGUUAUGAAAGAAUAUGCCGGUACAUAGCCAGAAAAUCUGAUUCAGUGGUUGUGUCUGUUGGGUACCAUUUAGCACCUGAGCACAAGUAUCCAGCCCAGACUCUGGAAUGUCUCAGUGCUACCGUGCACUUCCUGAAGACUGCAGAGAGCUUCGGGGUGGAUCCCGCUCGGGUCGUUGUUUGUGGGGACAGUAUAGGGGGCACAUUCACUGCCAGCAUUUGCCAAGAACUAGGGCAAAGGACAGAUAUCCCAAAGAUCUGUGCCCAGGUGCUGAUCUAUCCAUUUCUCCAAGCACUGAACUUCAAUCUGCCAUCUCACCAGAAAAACGCUGCCGUUGCCUUCCUGUCCCAGGAGCGCACAGUUCAUUUCGUUCUCAAGUACCUGAAUAAGGAUUGCUCCCUGAAGGAACCAAUUCUGGCUGGUUCUCAUGUUCCUGAGAGUAUAAAUUUGAAAUACAAGAAAUGGAUAAAUGCAGAUCUUAUUCCAGACGUGUUUAAAGUGGGCUACAAACCACCACUCCCCACUUUGUUUUUACCUCAAGUCCAUGAAGAAGUGCAGGAACUGUUUGAGCCCUGGGUGUCCCCGCUGCUGGCGGAGGAUGCUGUUGUUUGUGGCCUUCCUGACACCUGUAUUGUCACCUGUGAGCACGAUGUGCUCAGGGAUGAAGGGCUGCUGUACAAGAAACGCUUAGAGCACAACAAUGUACGUGUGACCUGGCACCACGUGGAAAAAGGCUUUCACUGUGCUCUGGGAUUUUUUGGAUAUGGUAUUUUCUCUUUCCCAUCAUCACGUACAAUAAUUGACCAUGCUGUAAACUUUAUAAAAUGCUAUUAAAUCAUUUUCUUGCAUACAGUGCACUGGUAUAUAGAAAGAGUGUGAUUCAUUUAAAUGAUUCAAUUAACUAUUUACUAAUUAUUUGUCCAUUAGAAUAAAGGCAAGAACUUAUGUCAUGAGCAUGGUCUGCUGAAUUCUGAUUUUUACUUGCUAUUACUUAGGAACAUGAUGUUUAUAAGCUUGAUGUUCUCUUCUUGCAUUGUAAGAAUUUUUGUUCUCUUCAUAUGUCAAAGAAUAAAAACUCACCAUAACAAAAAUCAUUCUGAAUGUGUAAGUAAAAAACACAUGCAAUGUGUGAGUAAUUAGCCAUGUGCACAUGCAUGCCCACCUAGUGCCCCCAAAAUCAGCGUGGCAGCCUCUGGAGAGUGGAGAUUGGGAUGAAAAGUAAUCACCAUCAGAGUGUCUGUACAGACAAACAAUAGCUUUUCAUUUAUGUUUAAAAUCUGAAGGAAGGAACUGGGUGUACUUACAAACCUGACUUUAAAGGGAAAUGGGGGAUAGGUAGGUUGGUACAGCUCACAUGCUGCACAGGAUGGGUGGCUGAGACUGCAACACACAUGAAGUGAGGGAGAACUGCUCAAAAGUAACUGGAUAUCCUCUAAAUUAUGUUGUAUAAAGUUCCUUUUGGAGCAGCAUUUGAUUAUAUUCAGCUUACCUGGCUUUUGGGGAGAAAGGAUGUAAACAACAUGGAACCUGCCAAAUAAUUUCUGUGUAUAUCCAAGACCACAGAAAAAUCUGAGCUCAACUGUUAUAUUGCUGGAAUUGUUACAUUGUUUACUAGAAGAGAUCCACCCUUGCUAAACACAGAUAACAAAGAUAAUUGCUGUUGCAUAGCAAAAUAGCUGGGCAUGCAACGCCUAGGAAUUGUAAAAUGUGUAACUGUUGUGCAACCACCUUGCCUUUGUAACAUCCAUGCACACAUGACUGGAAUGAGGUUAGUACAUGUCUGCUGUGUGCCAGGCAAACUGAGCAGGAAGAAGACAGAAGGUUGAAUGUUCUGGGUUGUCACCAUGUUAAUGAACGCUGGUGACAGGUGAGUUGGUUCACAUCUCUGCAGCAACAAGUCACUACUUGAGGGUUCCCAUUCUCCAGUCCCUCUCAGAAAAAUGAAAUUACAUCUCUUCAUGCUCUGUUGACACAACAGAGAGUUUAUUUGUUUAAAUUUUUCCUGUUGCAGGCAUAGCAAUUUGCUCUUCAAGUUAAGAAAUGCUUCCAGGGGUAAAUGAUGUGAUAGUUCUGAGUGUUCCACUCUUUGAGGACUUCAGGAUCUGCCUUGGUUAUGAUGACAAAGGUUGGGUUAGCAGCUCACACGAUGGUACCUGAAGCUGGGCCAGCAGAGCCUGUAUCUGCUACAAAAACCAUGCAAGAAGCUGAAUGAUAUUGGAGAAUUUAGAGAAUUUGGAGAAGGUUGGCAAGCACCAGAACUAAAGAGGUCUGUACAAUUGCGCCUUGCAUUUUGUAAGUCAUGAGAUGGUCACAGAUGAUCUCAUGUUAUUUUACCCACAGUUCAGUGCAGCAUUAUCCUCCUUGUCAGCUCAGCUACCCAAUACUUGUUUUCUUUCCUUCAUCUGGAAUUAUUUCUCAUUUAUGGGUCAGUGUCCAAACUUGACACUGAUCUACUCCUGAGAUUUUUCCAUGGUCCUUUAUCUUUAUCAUGGUCUAUUACAAAUAAUAACAAAUUUAGCUUUAUAAUAUGUCAACAGCAUUAUUAAUCCUCUUGAACACACAUUUUUAAUCAUGUGCUAUCACCAUUGAGUGCAGAUGGGUAAGCAGAGAACAGCAAGUGCUGAAAUAAUGUAUUCUUUGUUUAAUCAUGACUCCCAGAUUUUCUAAACUUUAAGAAUUCACACAUUCUAACUCUCCAUGGAACUUCCUGUACUUUAUUUUAAUUAACUUAAUUAAUUACAGAUCUGCUAUGCGCCUUGCAUUGCUAAGGUAGAAUGUUUGAAGACACAGUUGCCAAAGCAUGGAAUUUUCAAGUACAAAAUACAAUGACAGUCAAUGCCUACACCUACAGAAUUAUGGACACCAAAGUCAUUCCUCAAGGAAUUACACAGGCAGAGAGUGAGGACUGACAAGCCCAGCUCCUGUUCAAGUUCAGGCUUCCAGCACCAGAUGGCUCUCAAGCUCUGCAGAACCAGAAGGAGCUUCUUGGGUCAUGAAGCACUUUCUCUGGAAUGCUUCCCAGUAGCCCAGUACAGGCUUCCACUUACAGUGAGUUCUGUUGCCAUCUAAUCAGCACCAUGAUCCAGAGGCAGGGAAUGUUUAACAGCUGUUCCAUUUGGCUCAGACUUUCCCUUUGGAUGUGCACCCAUAUCACAAAAAAAGAACAAGGAAUGACAAGACUUCAGGCCUGGACAUUAAGAUUUUCACCAGAAAUUAAUAAGAAAGGGAGUCCCUGGUGUAGGAGAAAAUAGGGGUUUGGCCUGGUCUAUCCCCUGCUCUAUCUCACAGGAGCACAGACAAGGUCAAAAAAUUAUCAAAAGCUGGAGAGAGCAUUUAUUAGAAAGAUUAUUUAGGGAAUGGUUUUCUCCAUCCCGGGCCUCACAAUUGUGAAUUGCUGAGACUAAGUUUACAAAGCACUAAGUACUGCUCUGUACCUGCAAUGCCCAAAGGGAAAAAAAACCCAUUAUUACUUCAGAAACCAACUAGUUUGUUUCUUCAACAGCUUCCAGCACAUCCAGUCUUUGUGUGGAGCUCUGGGGGAGCUGCGAUGUCCAGACCUUGCCAACGUGCCCAAAUGAGUCCAAGACCUACCAGCUCUUGGUGAAUUGGCACCAAAAAGAUUAAGAACAAAGAUGAACAAUAGGUGGUAAGAAGUGCAGUACAAAGGAUCUGUCACAGGUGUCAAGAGCACUCUUAGGUCCCCAGAGGGGCCAAAUCUGGUAGGUGUACUUAGAACACACCUCACCCACUGGAAAAACAGAGUUUAGCAUAUGCUAAUUAAUUACUUUCACUAUUAAACAUUGAAGGAGGGAGCUGCAAUCGUGUUUUGUGCAACAGAAUUUCCCAGUGCUCAUCUGAGCUGUAAGAAAGCUGAACCCUCUGUGCACCUUUGUCCUGAUGGGUUUGAAUUCACCACUGCCAUUUCCCAAGAGUGUCCCAGUCCCCAGGCAAUGUGCCUUUCACCAAAAUCCCUUAUCAAGAUGGGCAUCAAAUACCAUUAUCCAGAGGGAUAAACAAAAAGGAAUCUGAUUUUACACUUAACAUAUGAGUAACCUUCUCACAAGGAAGGGAGAGGCACGAGAACAUUGGGAAAUGAAAAUCCACAAAGAGUUGUUGGAUAAAAUGAUGAAACAGUUUGGGCAGAGAGAGCAGAACAUGGAAUCAGCUGCUUCUCAGAAAGUGUAACACCAGACUCAAAAAUGAAGCUCCAUCCUGCUUAUUCUAAACAGUUUCUGAAGUCAGGCAUCAAGCCUGAGCCAUUUCCUAUGUGGGUCAAGGAAUAUGCAUGCUAAAGCCCUGGGGUUCUCUGUCUUUAGUUUCAUUUUAUUAUACAAUUCAAGGUCAGCUCAUCCCUUAUAUUAUUUUUUUAUUAUUAUUAAAGAAAAAAAUUUACACUUAUUUUAGCCACACUGUGAUUUUUCAGAAUGAGAAUCUGCUGCCUUCACAGUCUGAGCAGACUGCUAAAAACACCCUGUUCCCAAAGGUGACAUCACAUGAGCUGUGCUUUACAGAUUUUGUUUUAGCUUCAGGUUAAAUCUCAUCACUAAUUAUUUGUGUAUGGAAAAAUAUAUUAGCUCCAGAGGAAGAUCCUAAAAGCUCACAGGGCUGCUGAUGUCUAGUCAGUGCUUCUAGCCCUGAAACCAUGAAGUCUAUUCUUCAUGGUUGGAAUUGUAUUUCUACCUGGAAUGACAUCUGUACAUAACAUCUUCCUGGAUGACAGAGACUGCAGCACUGCCAGGCUCAACCAAGGGGCAGAUAAAAAACCAUACAAAAACCAAGGAAACACAAUAGUUGGUGCAGCAGAAGAGCUUUUGAGGAGGAUGAGGCAGGAACAGCUCUCAGACCAGGCUGCAGCUGCCUCUGGCUCCACUGGACUCAAAGGUGCAAUGGCAGCAGCAUCCAAAAUCUGCCAUCACAAGCGAUGAAACAUGUUUGUGACACUGAGCCUUGAUUUCCAUGAAAGUCUGAAAAAGUAAGGUAUGGAGGCACAACAAAGCAAGAAUCUAAGCAGCUUGGAAGAUGAUUUCCAAGAAAUACUGUGCAGGAACUCAUAAAUAAUAAAGACUUGCCUGUAAUAAAAAAACAGAGAGACAGAACAAACUUUUGUCUUCUUGUAAACUGACACGACAAUGAUCCAUGAAAUCAUGGUUCUGCUGUGAUGGGCACAGCCUUGUUCCUGCAAAUGUGAAAACCACUUGUGCAAGACUCUUCCACAAUUAAUUGUUACUGUCUAAUUGUAUGUUUGGGUUAUGACAUGUUUUCAUCUUCCUAUCGGCAUUUUUAAAAGCUGGAUUAUGAGCUAUGAUGAGAACAGCUAAUCCUGCGCCUUUACCUUCAGAAAUCCAAAAGUCUGAAAAAAGGGGAGGAGGCAACAGCUGGUUCUUUCUUGGGUUCCUACCAACACAGCAAGAUGGAACUUCUCCUGGCCAUUUUUCUCGCUGUUUUGACUGGUAUUGUGGCAAUUGCUUUCUAUUAUGAGCACCCCAAAGCAGAAAUUCCUCAUGAAAUGAGUGAGCGCCAGAAGCUUUAUGCUCUUCAUUACUGCAUGAACUUUGGGCUUGGUCUGGUAAGUAAAAAUUAAAGCUUGAGGUUUUUAAUUCUAUUUCUAUUAGAGUGAUAAUGGUUUGGUGAUGUUUUUUUAGAAUCAAUGUUUAAAUAAAUUGCAAAUAUACAACUGGACUGAUUAGGUGAUGCAAGCAGAUUCCUUCAGCUGUGCUGGGCAUAGCAGACUCCCCUGUUUGCCAUACAGCAGCAAAGGCAGUAUUUUUGAAAGAUAAAAUUGGGCAGAAUGCAAUUCCCAGUUUUUUUCUGACAGCCUGUGUUUUAGCUUUUCUUGCCUGCUGCCUCAAGGCAGUGCUGGAAGGCUUAGAAGGUCACUUGCCUUGUGUAUGUGGAAUUUCUGCUCUGUGUAACACCGUGCUUGCUUACAGAGCGAGCAGCUAAAUGAUGUCUGUGAUCUCAGCUCUCUCCUACAACCCUGUCACUCUCCUCCUGAGCCAUCUGAAGAGAGCUGCCACAUUCAUCAUCAUUUGCCUUUCAAUAUGCCUAAACAACUUUCUCUUUUGAAGACAGCACACGUAAUAUCUAAAGUGACUUUCUGUGUCAUUGUUUUUGGCACAUUUUUGAUCCUUCCUUGCUUUUCAUCCUUGUUUCUUUUCAAAACUAAAACAUGACAUGCACUUGUCUUUCUGUUUCAUCAAUCAUGCUGUCCUGAAUUAACUGUUGCCCCAGUCAUUUAAAAAAACCUUCUGUGAUACUUAAACUAAGCUUCUUUUAGUUGUUUAAAUUGUUAAAAAAACCUUUCAGUCUCUUUGGCUUGUGCAUUACAUUCCACUUAAAUUCUACGUUCUAACGCUGUUAAUUCUUCCUUUCUUUCCCUGCCCCAUUGUUUGCUCAGAUUUAUUUGAAGUAGUGAGCUCCCAAGAAGGUGACUCACAAUGUCUCUGGUACCACACCCAGGCCUCAACACUGCUUUUACACCAAACCAAUAAAAUAGGAUAGGAAUUGAAAUCAAAAUUAAUUUUCUUACAAGUAUUAUGCAGUGUAUAAACAUCCACAUUUUCUAAACACCGUGUGAUUACUCUUUAUCCAUUAAAGUUUUAUUUUUGAGUAAUUCAUUUGUUAAAAGUGAAACUGCAGAAUUUAGAAAUUUGCUUGUGAUUAAACUUCUGAUCUUAUAAUUUUGUAUCCUUUCUGCUGGCCAGUGAGAGGCCAAGCACAAGGACUGUCACACACCACCUGAAAGGAGCACAGUGAUAAGGGCAUUAAAGGAGGGCUAAGCCAACCUUUAAAUGCAAGUAGAGUUCAAGUCAUGUAGCAACUCCUGCUAUGGCUGUUGGGCAAAUUACUUGUGCCAAAUUCUUCCAAGGACUGACAAUCCAUGAAGUCAAAACUGCAUGGAAAAUUAAAGUUUACAAGUAUAUCCAGUGCUCAGCUGGAACAAAAGGCAACACCAAACACUGUGGUUGGUGAGGUCUCCUAGGACUCCUUUUAGUAUUUUCAAGACAAAGAUGAUCUCCAUACAAAUAUAGCUAAUUGCAGGUUUAACCUUUACUGUUACAAAACUAUUAGUAUGAGGAAAGAAAGUACCAGAGGGAAAUUGAAGAAUAAAUAAGUUAUUUUCCCACGGACAUGGACCAGGAGUUCUAUAAAAAGAAGCUGUAUGAGACUCUAGGUUUGCCACAAGACAAUCCUUCCAGUGUAUGGGAUCAGCUCUUCAGAUGGCCUAAAAUAGGAUACCUACAGCAAAUUUAACAGGAUCAUGGGCCACAUGAGGUCUGUGAAAUAUGAGGUGAAAACCGUAACAGCAGGUUUUUAAGAUCUAUGCAGGGCAAACGUUUAUAUGUAUAAUUCUCACUGAAAUGCAUAUUCAUGAAUAAUGGCAGCACAACAAAUUUAAUUACUCAUUAGAGAAGUCUGCUGUGGAAAUAGUGCAAAAUUGAAUCCAGUAUAGCAGAAAUACAGUGAUACUGCCUCAUAUUUUUCAUUUUGAGCAGGAAUAGACUAGAGCAGGCUACAAGUGAAACAGCUUAAAGCCAUGCAGAUGCAAUGGAGUAGAUGAGCCCAGAGUGACAUAAGAACCUUAGCCCAAGUGUUUAAGUAAGAAUCAGUGAGCUGUGAGAAGAUCAAGCCAGGGUUCAAAGCUAUUCUUGGUCAGGAGGACAGCUGGGGUAGAGGCUAUGGAUUUUUUUUCCUGUAAGUUUAAAAGCAGUGUGAGUUUGGGAAACAAAAUAUUGGCUAUGUUUCUUCAUCCAAAGCUAAAGUUUAAAAUACUGUAACUGGUCUCUCCUUAUUUUGUUCAGGCACAUGGCUACUGAAACACCUGACAAGGUGAAGUAUUUGAUACCUUUUAUCUACUAUUAAUAGUUUGAUUGUUUUCCUACCAAAUUGACCAUGGACUUUAAAAUUUUUCAUUAUCAAUCUCCAGACUAAAUAGAAAUUUACAGUAAUUUGUGGUUUCUUUUAUCACCAGGCAACAUUUUUGGAUAAAGUAGGUAUCAUCUCAGAG